AUGUUUAUCCCUUACACAGCUCCAUCAUCUGAGGAUAACCGCAACACGCGUCGGACAAUAAACACUUUCAUUGCCGUUAAUGCUAGCGUCAAGCGUCGCCGUCGAAAGGAUGCUGAUAAUAAAAUUGGACUUGGCAACGCAACCGGGGUAUCGACUGGCCGCAUGAAAAUUCUGCAAUGGAUUCAUACUACUAGCCACCGCCACAAUCAUACUCCUCCCGACCCUCCCACUUUACCGUCAGGAGCAGACCGUCAGCAGCAGCAGGAGGAAGAGGAGCCGUUACCGUUGGCUGCAGCUGCGGGGGGCCGGAAUCCUUUCGGAAACAUUGCGCCCCUGACAGGGGGUAGCCCUCUCAAUGCUUUGCUUAGUCCUUCUAUUGCAGGAAAUCGCUUUUAUCCAAUCAAUAUUGACUCUCAGGGACCCUUUCUUAACCAAGGGCUCAGUUACUAUUUUGAUGUUCUAGUUCCUUAUGAUGCAAAAGUUGUCGGAAUGGCAGUGUCCGAGGAACACUCUUACACGACCGAGCUUCUUGCAUGGACCUUCCAACACCCUGAAAUAAUGCACAGUCUGGCAGCAUUCAGUUUAUGUAUCUUGCAAAAUCACAGUCACACGCGAUCGACAGAACAAGCAAUUUUGCACCACCGCCAGCGUCUCCUGGAAGCGGUACAUUACAGACUCUCCAAGGGUCAGGUCGAUGAUGUACUGAUUCAGAUUAUAUGCAUCAUGAUCUCUGUUGAUGAGUACCUUGGGUUUAGUGAGUACCGCUCGGUGCAUCUGAAGGGAUUCCGAGAUGUCGUAAGAAUUCGCGAAGCCUCCGACACACCGGGCCGUUCGACCUCUAGCCUGGACCCUAGUUCAAAUGCAAAACAUCAAUCCAUGGCGAUGCUCGUGCAUACAAGCAAGAAGAUGGUUGAAUUCCAUUUAGAAAGCAACCUUGUACUCUUUCGCGAUACAAUGGUCGUCCCGACGGUGACGUUUCCUCCUCCGUCCUCCGUGCCGGAUAUAGAGAAGAGAAUGGCAGGUCUACCCCCUGGCUUAAUGGUCCUGGUCCGAUCCGGCAUUCUUACCGAAAAGAUGACGGACCUGCUCCAAGACUUCUCGUUCUGGUUCUACCAGGGAAUGGGCAUGGACCCUACAAAUCGGGAAAGCUGGCGAUACUCAAAUUUCAAACCUGAAAAUAGGCUUGAGCAAUGCAUCAGUAUGGCGUUGUUAUGUCUAGCAGAUGACCUGAGCUCCAUGGGUACGCAUCCAUGUGCAGUCAUUUUUCGUCAGACAAAACAGCGCGUUCAGUUUCUCUCUUCAUUCACAGAAUUGUGGGCUUCGCCACUCCUCGCCGAAUGUAUGAUCUGGAUGUGCACCGUUAUUGCAAUACCACGAAAUAGAACAUUACUCGCUCAAGAUGAGCAAAUGGCAUUGUUAAGAAGGUCCGUCCGGAACAAAGCCCUCCUUCGAUACUCUGGACAGAUUGCAGCAAUUCUGCAGCGGUUUUUCUAUGACCAGAGCCGCGAGGCGGAUUGGCAAGAAGCCUGGAAUCUUGCUCUGACUGUCACGGCCAAUCAGUCAUUGAUGGGUUGCUGA